AUCCUAGGGGGGCGGCCAGGCAAUAGCACGGUAUCGUGCAUCGGCGCUCGCUCCCCUUUGGGCCGCCAGUGUAAAUGGAUAUAGAUGUUUGCCUAUAUCAAAACUUUGCUGCAUACGCCUUCACGCGCUUUCGAGUAAGGGCAGUGGCUGUGGCGCUCCGACGGACACGAACACCAAGCCCAAGUGCCGUCUGGCCCUUAGCUCUUACGCCGGACCUCAUUCGCCGACGACUGCUGCGUUGCCGUCUAGCAGUACACACCCCACCUCAUCCCUCACUUGCUCUCGUAACUCUGAGCCGGUCUGCAGCCCCUCCGCGCUGCUGCUGUCAUCUUCUGGCCGGCCCCACAGCAGCUGCAAAGGCGAUCCUGACUUUAGGCAUGAUGCAGCGCGCUCUGCGAAUGGCGUCCCGCCGAUUCUGCGAUGGCAGCAGAGCAGCAGCAGUUGACAGCUGCGAUCAUCGGCCAGGAUAAUAGCAGCAGUGCCGCAGAGGGCAACCUGGAGCGAGACAGGCCCGUACCCCGGCCCGUUGUUCUCGACGGCGGCCCCAGAAGAGGCCUGAGGCUUGCUCUCCCUCCCCCAGACGUCGACGGUGGCCCUGCUGUCAUCGCGGAGCGGCAGGGUGGAUCAUUAAUACGGCUGUUAAGGGCCUGCUCAUGGAUUGCAGAUUGUGGAUUGAGGGCGUCCAGCAUUGCUUCUCCUUGGUUCCAUUGCGGGUACAUGGCUUCUGGCGCAGGCACAAGCAGGCCAUCACGCACUACCUCUGCCUGCGACUGCUGUGCUCCUCUCAACGUCGACAGCACUACCGUUCCGUUUCAGACUGGCACUUCAUCUGCCUCCCUGUGUUGCGCCGCAAACCACCUUGCUGCCCGGCCUUCUUCGCAACACGCCCGCGAUCGUCCUCGAAUCCCUGCUCUAUCCUGGAUCUUUCGGGGUCCCGGAUGACGUUGAUCACACUUCCGCGAGCUUCUUGUCACCAACAACCACCGCUUUGUCGCGCAGCGCCUUCUUC